GAACAGAUCUAUGAUUACAUAUUUGCUCACCUUGGCAUCAACAGUGAGGGUUGUGUCAACCAUCCAAUAGUAAUGACAGAAGCAUUGUGUAACCCAGGCUACUGUCGCCAGCAAAUGUCCGAGUUGCUGUUUGAGUGUUACCAUGUUCCAUCUGUGGCCUAUGGAGUGGAUUCACUGUUCAGCCUGUACAAUAAUCAAAACAUUACAGACCAGACCCACUCUCUAAUUUUGGGCUGUGGUUAUCAGACCACGUCUCUGAUCCCUGUUGUGGGAGGGAGGGUGUACUCUGCCCACUGCCGUAGGAUCAAUAUGGGUGGGGCACAGCUUGAUGCAUUUAUGCAGAGACUCCUUCAGCUGAAGUAUCCAGGUCACAUGGCAGCCAUCACUCUGAGCAGAGCAGAGGAGCUAGUUAGAGACCACUGUUACAUGGCAGAGGAUUACAUUAAAGACCUGGAGGCUUGGACUGACAAUGAUUAUUACGAGAACAACGUUACCAAGAUACAGCUACCAUACAAUGCUACAAUGAGUGGAAGUCAGCUGACAGCUGAUCAGUUAAAGGAAAGGAGAGAACAGCAAAUCCGGCGACUGAAAGAAUCCAACGCCAAAAGAAGAUUAGAAAAAGUUCAGAUAGAGGAAGAAAAGUUAAUGGAACUGAUCAGUGUUCAGGAGCUUCUGGAAGAUGAGGAUGAUGAAGCAUUCAAUCGAGCCCUCUCGUCACUACCAUUUGAAACAGCUGAAGAAUUACAAGUGGAGAUCACCAAACUAACAAUGUCUAUACAGAGAAUGAAGGCUAAAAUCAAAGGGGUCAAUCUCCCCUUUGAUGAAGAGACUAAGAAGCCAGCAGUUUAUGAUUUGAUUGACAUACCUGAUGAUCAAUUAACACCAGAUCAAAUCUCCAUCAAAAAGAGACAACGAAUGCUAAAAAAUGCCAGAGAGGGACGCAUGAAUGCUCAGGCAAUCCAGAGGGAGAAGCAACAGAAAGAAAUAGAAGAAGAAAGGAAACUGGAGCAGAGAAGACUGAAGGAUUUUGAUGGCUGGUUACAUUUAAUCCGAGAGAAAAGAAGAAAACUUAUGGAAAUUCGAAAUGCAAAAAAACAGAGGAAAGCAGACCUGGCCAAGAGAAGAACGUAUGCCUCACAGCAAAGAAUGAAGAUGAUCACACAGCUAGUCUCUGGUGGAUCAAAGAAAAAGAAAGAGGAUACUUUUGGUCAAAAUGAUGCUGACUGGGAAGUUUAUAAAGAAAUUCACCCGGAGAACGCUGACAGUGAUUCAGAGGCAGAGGAAGAUAAAUUGGAGGAGUUGGAUACGCUGCUUAAAGAGCAUGACCCAGAAUUCCAAAAGUAA